AUGUCAGCCAACACCAGAGCCAAGCGCAACCCGAGACGGGGCGCUACGAAGUCGAAAUGGGAUGAGGAGAGGGUGAUGACUAGUCCGAAGUCACCACUUAUUAAUGCGGAUCUUGUGAAAAUGCUUGCAAAUCGCAAAGCAUGGGACGUACUCGAAGAACACGAGAAAGAGGAGAUUCUAGAUCUACUCCCCGAGCAUAUACGACCACAUCCAAAGCCUUGCGAGGACGGGACAAUGAAAAUACCACCUAUAGCGGAGAGCUUUCUACGCUACGAUAAUCCCUGGCGGGACGCAGUCCGCCAAUUCCAAGUCGACCUCGAGAACGGCCGCUACGAUCCCGAGUGGAUACGCCAGGCCGAUAUAGCCGUACAGGAGAGAGCAAACGGGGAUUUUGAUGACUUCAAGGAGCGCGAGUUCGAGGAGUUCUGGGGACAGAAGCAGAGGAUGGACAAGAGUCUUGCUGCGGGAGAGAGUUCCCAGAUUAAACUGACGACCCUUGUUGAGCAUGGUGUUGUCCGUACGGGCGAUGUUUGGAAGUUGUCGCGAGGUUUUAAUGUUCCCGGUGGCAGAGUACUCAUUGAAAAGGAAGCAAAGAUUUUAAAAAUUGAUGGCUCGCAUAUGACUUGCGUUGUCCCUGCUGGCCAACGUGUAUUCCUUCCCCAAGUUCCGGACGCAGAUUACAAGGCCUUGCUGAAGGCUUACAAGUCAACGACUGAGGAUGAGAUGGACGUUGAUUUUACAGCAGAUGGCGCUACGAAUGAUGGAGAAGGAGAAGAAGAAAAACCGACAGCCCGGGGUUUGAGAAAAAGGAAGUCCGAAGUCAAAGACGGACCCCGCAAGAAACGCCAGCAAGACGCAUCAGAAGAUGCACUGUCCGGCUCCGAAGUCGUGACCUCGGUUUGCACUAAGCAGGAACAGGGAAAUAACUCCGAAGAUGAGGCCUCUAAGUCAGAAAAUGAUGUCAACCCUGAGACGGGCUCCAAUGUUAUGCAGUCAUCAUCAUCCGGUCUUACUCUGAAAGGGGUCGAAGUGGUUGUACUUCCUGAGGUCAACGGACCAACUUACCUUGGUAACAAGAUGAUUGAAGUCGACGGCCGAAUCAAACACAUUCCAAACGGAAAUGCAUGGAAAGAGUUCCGCUGCUAUCGGGAUAACCAAGAUAUGGGCAGUCUGUGGGAGGUUCGACAAGCCUGGUAUGUGAGGAGGAAAUAA